GGAUCCGGUCUGUUGUUAGACACUCGACGCUGAACCGUUUCCGACUUCUCUGUCGGUCCAUCUGAGCAGCACCAGGGCGGCUCCUGUAGAGGAAACCCAGCAGAGGUUCCUGGACCAGAGCCAGACCCACCCGGACCCGAACAUGGCGAAGACCUACGACUACCUGUUCAAGCUGCUGCUGAUCGGAGACAGCGGGGUGGGGAAGACUUGCCUGCUGUUCCGCUUCAGUGAGGACGCCUUCAACACCACCUUCAUCUCCACCAUCGGAAUCGAUUUUAAAAUCAGGACCGUGGAGCUGGACGGGAAGAAGAUCAAACUCCAGAUCUGGGACACAGCGGGUCAGGAGCGCUUCAGGACCAUCACAACAGCCUAUUACAGAGGUGCCAUGGGCAUCAUGCUGGUUUAUGACAUCACCAACGAGAAGUCCUUCGACAACCUCAGGAACUGGAUUCGGAACAUUGAGGAGCACGCGUCAGCAGAUGUGGAGAAGAUGAUGCUGGGGAACAAGUGUGACAUGAACGACAAGAGACAAGUGUCCAAGGAGAGAGGGGAGAAGCUCGCCAUCGACUAUGGGAUCAAGUUCCUGGAAACCAGCGCCAAGUCCAGCAUCAACGUGGAGGAGGGCUUCCUCACACUUGCCAGAGACAUCAUGAGCAGACUCAGCAGGAAGAUGAACGACAGCGGCCCUGCAGGUGGAGGUGGGCAAGUUAAGAUCUCAGAGCAUCGCUCUAAGAAGAGCCUGUUCAGGUGCACGCUGCUAUAGGUGGAACCUCCUGGGGCCGACCAAUCACCUGUGGACGCAUGCAGAAGCUUGCUGUGGCUCCUCCUCCUCUUGUUCUGAUUAGCUCAAUCAGACUCCCCAGGUGAUAAUGAUGUCUGCUUUGUGAGCGGAAAUAGUUGAAAAGGCCCAAGUUUUUAUUUCUCUGAGAGGAAAGGGGGAGUGGCCUCUGCAGGAUGGAGGCGGGGCAUCUUAGAGCCUGGAAGGGGAGGGGGUGGAGCUUCAAAUGAUCCAACAGGGGCUGUUCAGGAGAUCAACUCGUCUUCUUCAUGUGCAGGCAGACAGACUUAAAGGGAGACGCCGUGUUUUUCCUGAUCUGUGUUUUAGCUGCUGUGGAUGACCUCUGAGCGCGCUCAGUUUGUUUUUCCUAAAAAUCGUUGCAUCCUGACAAGGACCAGAUGUGUCUGUUUAAUCUGAAAUUUUAGAUUCAUUGCUGGAAAUGAAAGUGAUUUCUAUUCAAAGUAAACACCAAAACUAAAUAAUACUCUAGUUUUGGUGUUUACUCAUGUUUUCUAACUGAGGAAAAAGUUAGGACACCCUACCCCCUAAUAUCUGUAAUAUAUAUCUAUAUUACCUCCUUUGGCUGAAAUAACUCCAGAAAAGCUUCUUCUUCUCUUCUCUCCAUCCACCAUUUCUGUCAUCAGUCUGAGGAAAGUUGGUCUUAUUUAUCACUUCCAGCUGUGAGAUGUUUGAGAAGUUUCUUGCAUGUUCAGCCCGUUUUAUGUCACCCCGCAGCAUCGCAAACACAUCAAGAUCUGGGCUUUGACUAGGCCCAGACAUUCUCAUUGAGUUCUUGUUGGAGUUACUGGUAUUUUUUCAGGGUCCAGUUCUACGUCUGAUGCGCAGUGAUGGAUACAUGCUUCACAGCUGGUGAGAAUGAUGGAUUCUAUGAUGCUGAGGCGGACAGGUCCUGCUGCAGCCAAACCUUCCCAAACCAUGACACUUCCACCUCCAUGCUUCACAGCUGGUGUGAGGAUCUGUUCCUGUAAAGCCAUAUUUGAUACAUGUCCAACAUGUCCUCUGCUCUGGUGUCCAAAUAACUCAGUUUUAGACUCUUCUGUCAUUGUUCCAGAGGUUCUGAUCUUCAUCUACGUUCUCCCUGGCACGCUUCAGUUUGACCUUUAUGUUCUUCUUAGAGACCAAAGGGUUCCUCCUGUCUGACUUCCUAUUAAAGUUAAAGUUGUUUAGCCUCUUUCUAAGUGGACAGACGUUAACUUUCAUGUCAACAGUAACAAGAACCUGCUGAAGGUCCCAUAAUGACACUUUAGGGUUUUUGGAGACAUCUUUUAGCAUCUUAUGAUCUGCUUUCAGGGUGAACGUCCUUGGACAGUCAGACCUGGACAUGUUAGCAGUUGUUUCUCAUGUCCUCCACUCGUAGGCUAUGUUCUAUGCAGAGGAACCUCUUUAAAUCCCUCACCAGACCCAUAAUCUGCUCCAAUCUUCUUGAAAAUUGAUAAUAUCCAUAAGAUUGAAUAUAUUGAAAACCACAGUCGGUCAUUGGGUGUCCUAACUUUUUCACGACUGUAAAUGUUUGGGGAUCAGCUGGUCAACAGCAGGUUGGACUGCAGCCUGAACAUGUUGCCGAUGUUUCUGCUUUGAUUGUGCAAACUGAGCGCGCUCAGACCGCUGCAGUUGUCAUAGGUCUCUGUCUGCAGGAGGGUUGCCCAGGGGAGCGUUUACAUCCUGCAGAAAGCAUGGAGCUUUACAUGUGAAGACCGACUCAAGCCUUGUCUCGUGGCGGCCAUGUUGGAUUUAAAUAUGGCAGCCCUGAACUCCUGUUGGCUUCUCAAAGCUUGAUGCUUUCUACAUGAAAUAGACCACCAACAAACCCCUCGAUUAGCAAACACAUUUCUGAUCAAUAAUGAUUUCAUUGAAACGUCCAUGUUUCUGGCUGAAGUCUCCAAACUGAACAAGUUCAAGUCUGAUAUUUUUGGUUUGCUUUUCGUGCUUUUUAUAUAAAAACGUUGAUAGAGCAGUUGUUCAGAAACAGGAAAAGCUGCAGUUUUUAGGCCCAUGUCACUAAAACCAAAAACAGGAAAUGUUUCAGCUUCCUGUGGAAACAAAGGUUUUAUGUUUGGUUCCAUACUAACUGAAGUUCAACACUGUUGUUUGGGCUUAGAGCCGUGAAAAAGUAUUCAACCUCUUAUAUGUUGCUUGUUAAAGUUUUCACAUCAAACACAUUUUAUCAGAACAAAGAUAAAGUAAAAACAAAAAGCUGUUUUUAAAUCAAACCAAACCAACCUAUGUGAAAAAGUAACCCCCCACCCCCAAAAAGUGGUUGUUCCUUCCUCAGGAAAACUGACCCGCUCUGCUUUGAAGAAUUGAUUUAUUUAAGUUAUAGUAUAGGGUUUCGCAGCCUCAUUAUUCCAAUUACAUUUAAGUCCAGACUUUGACUAGGCCACUCCAAAACCUUUUUAUUGUUUUAACGGUUCAGUGGUGAACUUGCUGGUGGUAUGGAUCAUUGUCCUGCUACAGAACCCAAGUGAGCUUGAGCUUCAGGACUUUUUUUUUUGCGGCACUAGAGGCCUUUUUCAUUUUUCGAUAGUAGGUAGACAGGAAAGAGGGGCAAAGAAAGGGAAAGACAUUCAGCAAAGGUCACCGGGUCUGGGACUCGAACCCGGGACAGCCACACCGAGGACUAUAGCCUCUGCACAUGGUUCAGGACUUUCUGCUAGAGAGCAGAAUUCAUGAUUCCAUCAACUAAAGCUGUCCAGGUCCGGAAGCAGCAAAGCAGCCCCAUCUGUUCUUGAAAAUCUAUAUCUAUAUUAGAUCGGGGCAUCUUUUAGCCUACUUCAUGCUGCCAGACAGGUUCUGUUUAUUCUACAGGUCAAACAGUCUGGUGUGGCUGGAGAACCUGAACUUAAAAUGUCAUCAUCAGUUCAUUUAUGCUAAUCAAAGGGUGUAAUUACUUUUUCACAGGGUCAGGUUGGCUUGAAUAGAUUUUGUUUCCUUAACGAAUGAAACUAUCAUCUGAAAACUGCUUGUUUUUCCUCAGGUCUUCUUUAUCCAACAUUAAAAUGUGUUGAUCUGAAACAUUUAAGUGACAAAGCAAAAAUAGGAGAAACCCACGAGGGGGUAAAUACUUUCUCACAACCAUGUCUAAAAAUGUUUCUGACCCGUCAGCUGGUCUGAGGUCAGCAGAGUCCAACACAAGGGAACCGGUUUGUUAAUCAGACGUAUUGAUCAACUGAUCUGGAGUUUGUUUUUACAGAAUUCGUCUUGAGUUUAUUUUUUUAUGUAACUUUCAGAAUAAAAGCCUCUAACUGUAUUGUUACAUGAAGGAUUUUUAUAAUAAACGUGUUUUAUAUUUGUGA